UUGUGUGUCUUUUUCUCUUUAUUUUUAACUCUACAAAUGCGUUUGACUUGACAUUCGUGCUUGACAAAAUACAAGAAGUUUCUGAUUUCAUUUAAUGUUUUAGAGUGAUUCACUGCAUCAGGUGUCUGUCCUGAAUGUGUUCAGCAAUCAACAGUGUACUUCCCCUGAGGAUCAGCUGUGAGGGACUGGCAAACCCUGGAAGACUGCAUGGGGAGGUGUCCACCAAUGUCACUGGAUUCCGGGCACAUCGCUCCCCCCAGCAUAUGGAGAUGGACUUAGCCUGGCAGGAACUGAUGGCCAUCACAGAACUUCAGGAGUUUGAGGUACCCAAUGAGAAUCCCUUUGAAGCUAUUCCAUACCUGUCCAUGGAGCCCAUGGUUUCUCAAGGGGGGUUCGGGAUGAGUCAACCGCAGUCAGAAUCCAUUCCAGCCACUUGUGAUGCCCAUUCUGCUGGUGUUUAUGAAAAUGCAUACCCUGAAAUGAUGCCACCCUAUCAGCGUUUGAACCCACACAUGGAUAUGCACUACAGCCUCCCUGUUAGCCACGGUUCCUCAAGAAUGCUUGCGAAUACGCAAGCUCUUCAUCCACCUCUCAUGAGUCUUUUGGAGCACAUGAACAUGACAACACGUAGUCAUGGGAUUGUGAAAGACAGCGUUAUCAACCUUCACUGCACAGGACAAAUCAAACAGGCUUGUGCAGAUGAUCUUGAGUCAGAUUCCGGUUUAUCGCUUGGUUCAAGCCCACCGCUUGCCUCUCCUGAGAAUGCAGUGCAUGGAGUACCUUCGUACUUACCUGCAGAUCGUACGAUGGGCUACGCUGAAAGCGAAAGUAUUGGGGAGCAAUGUCGCAUGCGGCAGAGUUUGCUUGGGUCUGUUGACUACCACCAGUCCUACAGUUCAUACCCUGGAACUUCUUAUCCCACAACUGCAAACAUGCAACCCAUCAACCAGCAGACUUACCAACCAAUUGCAUCAAUGAAGCAACCGGUUUUACCCACAGCUCUGCAUGAUAUACAACUAAAUAGCGCAGGUUUAACAAGACUGGGUUCAUAUCAAUCUAUGUAUCCAAAGCAAAAAUCGAGCAGUGUUCCUGUACACCUGAACAGAGAUGAGCGGCGAGCCCUCGCUCUCAAAAUCCCAUUCUCACUGGAAAAGAUUGUGAACCUACCAGUGGAUGACUUCAGUGAGCUCUUGACCCAGUUCACACUGAGCGACGCUCAGCUGGCACUCGUGAGGGACAUUCGCAGACGAGGGAAGAACAAAGUGGCUGCUCAGAACUGCCGCAAGCGGAAGUUGGAGAACAUUGUGCAUUUAGAAAACGAGUUGGGACAGCUUAGAGCCCAAAGAGAACAUUUAAGCAGAGAGAGACUGGAGUUUCAGCAAAACCUAGCCAUUAUCAAAUGUCGGCUCUCAGAUCUUUACACCCAAGUGUUUUCACAGCUUCGUGAUGAGGAGGGACACCUUUAUUCAGUUGAUGAGUAUUCACUACAACAAACUAAUGAUGGCAACAUUUACUUGGUGCCACGGAACACAGCCCUGGAGGGUGAAUGAACAAAUUUUUUUUUUUUUAAGUCACCCAUAGAUGGACAACUAAAUUCAUGAGGUUCCUACACUUAAUGACCAAUGAAUUAAUUACUUCAAAUAAAUCAUGAAUGGAUAAAGACUUAAAAUAAAAUCACACACGAAUUUAGAACCAAAGUAAGUUUAGGCCAGUAUAACUACAGAAAUUGCAAAGAGCUUUUAUGAUUAAGAAAACACUUACAAACUUGUGUUAGACUACGCGGCUAUUUUUUUCGGGGGGGGGGCGGCCAGGGGCCCUAAACACUUUUGUACAUUAAAACAUUGGUCUAAAAC